GCUCGUGCCUCUCUUUCUCUCCGCAGCACAUCAUUGCUAGCUGGCACCGCGCGAGCACGUGAACUUGGUACCGGUGUUAAGAUCUAAUAACCCUGUUAUUAUUUUCAUCACUUGGUAUUUAUCUCUUUCAAGUAUUACUCCCGUAUGGAUAUAAGGUAGAACAUUAAAGGUGUGAGGUUUGUGUUUUGAUCUCGUGCCUGACUACACUAGGCUUGUUAAUUCUAUCAUCUCUGACUUCUACAUAGAAGGAAAUUAUUUUCAAUGUGCAUGGCAAUGUGGAAAUCCAGUAUUGCGCUCAUGAGGUUUCAUACCUGGGAUAAGUUUUAGGAGCGACAUGUUGAUUUCCGCCAAAAGUCAGCCAUGCCCUGUUCCAUCAGGUGGAUUUAUCAAACUUAUCUGUUAGUAUUUCUGUUGUAUUGGCCGGUCAACGUUGCAAAAGAAAAAAAAUCAGGCUACGUCAUCAUGAAGAACGAUGGCAUCAUCACUACUUUCCGUAGAUUUGGUCACGUGUCCAGACGUCAGUCACUAUUUCUAAACAACGGCAACAUUGUGAAGGUUUUUCCAGCUGACAUGGCAAUUUUACCAUGUACCAUACAGUCCGUAGGUCAAAGAGAAGUUGUCUGGAGACGUAUCAAGGAUGAUGAAGUUUUAACCAUUGGGAAAUUAGUCUGGAGUAAAGAUCAUCGCAUCUUGGUAGAGUACAGCCAGAAGGACAAUGACGUCACAUCAUGGGAUCUCAUCAUUAGACAUGUUCGCUAUGAGGAUGCCGGGAUGUAUGAAUGUCAACUGACGUCAGCAGAAAAAAUCACGUGGCACGUAGAGCUCAAAGUUCUGGAUCCUGUAACCACUAGACCGAAGGCAAGAGUUCAUAAACAGGCCACCUUCUAUCCUUCUGUCACAUCCAAACUACAUAUGGCAGGUCGAGAUGCAGACAAAGAACUUCGUGUCAUUGCUGGUUCAAAGUUCUGUUUACGUUGUAAUCUAAGUUUAACGAAUCAAAGUGCCACGAGCUCAACACUAGAUUGGUACAAGGAUGGAGAAAUGUUACAAUAUAACAACCGCAUUCUAUUGACCAGAUAUCAACUAGCAACAGAUUUGAUGUCAGUUAGUGAAGUUCAUAUAGACAACUCACAUUUAAUUGACUCUGGUUCUUAUCACUGUCGGUGGAAAUCCAAAGAUAUCUAUGUCUAUCAAGUUAAUGUGCUUCCUGAUACAAAUAUUACUGGCUCAAAUGAAGACCAUUUUGAAUUUUUUGCUGUGGACAAGAUUGGAGAAGAAAACACUGCUGCUGCUAUUACUACAAAACUUUCUGAAUUUUUGUUUCAUUUUUCUCUCUUUUUCGUCAUUUCACAAUUUGUACAAACACUUUCAUCUUUUCUUCAGUCCACUGAACAGGGACAUAGCUCUGAUCCAACAUAAGCUUCAUCUAAGCCUCUUAUUGCUACAACUGUACAGUGUUGUUGAUGUGUGAGCGAAUCUAAACUGUUGACAUUAAUUUAUGUUCAUUUAUAUUUGAGUUAUUUCUUGUUUGUGUAUGUGAAAUUGAGCAUUAACUACAUAAUUAUAGAUGAAGUAUUUUCAGCCAUUAACUCGGUUUUAGGUUUAGGAACAGGGAAGUGAAUGGAGAUUGUUUUACCUAUAUAAACAGUAGUCAUUAAUUCAAUAUUUCAGACAAUGUAAAAAAACCCUCUUUCAUACAUGACUGGAAAUCAAGAUAUUUGAUGGAUGCACAUUUCAUUUAUUUAUCACAUAAAAAUUGCUAGUUGGUGAUCAAAACUUUGCGUUGUCCUUUGAAAUUGUAAAUCUAGAUGUUGUUACGUAUUGAAGUUCUAAGAAAACUUUGAGACUUGAUGUCACGGUUGUAGGUUCGUGUCUGCCAUUGGGGUGCAAGAACUAACCUGUCUGAUUGCAUAGUGUGAUAAUAACAUUAAACCUCAUCAUAUUUAUAUGUUUUUCAUUGGAUUUGAUGAAUAUUUGUAGAUGUACAUUCUGUAUAACAAGUAAUAUUUAAAUUGAAGAAUGUUUCUAA